AUGUCAUCAUACUCCCUUUUCUUCCGUGACACGGAUGCAACAUCCCCUAAAACGAGAGCAAUCUUCCGAACAGAAGAUGCAGAGACAUAUCACGUACUCAGAGGAUGUCGAAAUGUCGAUGUGCGCAUUGAGAAAUAUGGCGAUCUCUCCACUACAUCACAAUCCACCUCACCACUCUAUCAGUUCCGCUUGAACAUGGAACAGGACAAGAGUUACAAAACGGCGAAUCCGAUGGAGAUUGAGUUCGAGCUGCCCGAAAGGCUGGACCUGGGCGUCUCGGAGAAGGGAGUCAUUGGCCGACAAGUGACGGUCAGAGAGCAGGGAGGUUCGAUCCUGGGGAUUGGAGUGGUGGGAUACAACUGA